CUCUCACACACACACAAACACACAGAGAUCAACCAUGGCUGUGGCACCAUCGGCACGAGAAGAGAACGUGUACAUGGCGAAACUGGCCGAGCAAGCCGAACGCUACGAGGAAAUGGUGGAAUUCAUGGAGAAGGUGUCGGCCUCAUUGUCCAAUUCCGAAGAACUUACAGUGGAGGAACGCAACCUGCUCUCGGUGGCCUACAAGAACGUGAUCGGUGCCCGCCGAGCCAGCUGGCGCAUAAUCUCGUCGAUCGAGCAGAAGGAGGAGUCUCGCGGCAACGAGGACCACGUGAACACUAUCAGAGAUUAUAGAUCUAAGAUCGAAUCGGAGCUUUCUUCGAUCUGUGAUGGUAUUUUGAAGUUGCUGGACUCGAGGUUGAUUCCUUCGGCUGCGUCUGGGGAUUCGAAGGUGUUUUAUCUGAAGAUGAAGGGUGAUUAUCACAGGUAUUUGGCGGAGUUUAAGGCCGGCUCUGAGAGAAAAGAGGCUGCUGAGAAUACUCUCACCGCCUACAAAGCUGCUCAGGAUAUCGCAAAUGUGGAACUUGCCCCAACCCACCCAAUCCGGCUUGGGCUGGCUCUGAACUUUUCUGUGUUUUACUAUGAGAUUUUGAACUCUCCUGACCGUGCUUGUAAUCUAGCGAAACAGGCUUUUGAUGAAGCAAUUGCAGAGUUGGAUACCUUAGGCGAGGAGUCCUACAAAGAUAGCACUUUAAUUAUGCAACUUCUUCGUGACAACCUCACUCUGUGGACCUCUGACAUGCAGGAUGAUGGAGCAGACGAGAUUAAGGAAGCUCCCAAGCGCGAUGAUGAACAACAGUGA